UUGAUGACAUCACUUAAUUUUUCCAUUACACACAACACAACUCGAAAACCCUGACAGAAACUUGUUGUCCUGUUCUCAGUUACCUCUGAACCCACAGAGAGAGACAUGACACACCCCUAUGGCCUAUCCUGAUGGCUUAUAAAUAGCAGCCCUUGCAGCAAGAGACACACGAACCCAAACGACCAGAGCGUCUCCAAGAGCAAACAACUUCCAGGAACCCAACAUACUAGAUAUAGGAAGCAUUAGCUUAGUAGAAUCCCACCAGGGAAGCUUUACCUGCUCCAAAGAUGUCUUCUGGGUCAUCGCGGAGCACCUCACCGAGCUCGGACUCGGAGUGGAGCAAGAAGGAGAACAAGAUGUUCGAGGAGGCGCUGGCCUACUACGGCGAGGGUGCCCAAAACCUCUGGGAGAAGGUGGCCUGCGCCAUGGGGGGCACCAAAUCCGCCGAGGAGGUGCGCCGCCACUUCCAGAUCCUUGUCGACGACGUCAAGAACAUCGAGUACGGCCGCAUCCCCUUCCCCAAGUACAAGACUCAAGGAUUCUGGACCUGAAAGGAUGAAGCAGUGUAAGCUCCAGCGGACAGUGAACACAGUUGUACAAACUACGUAGAUCUCUAAGAAGUAAAACUCCAGUAGCAAGCAAAGAAUCCAGCAUUGGUUAGAAUAACAGGAAGGAAAGGAGUAUUGGCUAUUGUGUGUGUACAAAGUAUUCUUAGGUCAUGUCCUUGAGUCUGUCUCUAUGUUGUUAUAGAUUCUGGUCUACAUUCAAGAACUGUGUGCUGUAAACUGUCAUGGAAACUCAUGUAUUUGUGUUAUUUGUAAGAAGUCGUACCUGUAGCAUUUUGUUGCCUUCAAUAUCUGGUUUGGCUGUC